GGGUCGCCUGGGGAUCGCAAACCUGGAAGACGUGCUCGGCCAUUGGCCGGGAGCGCGCGCCAGUCUGGUCCGGCCAUGCAGAGCCUGGAGUUGGGUCUGGUUCCCACUCCAGCGAGGGAGCCGAGACUGACCCGCUGGCUGCUGAGGGGCAGUGGGAUCUUGGCUCACCUGCUGGCUUUGGGCUUCACCAUCUUUCUGACUGUGCUGUCCCGGCCGGGAACCGUCUUUUCUCCCGGCACCCUGUAUUCAUGGCCUCGGCUUUCUGCGUCUGCAUGGCCGGGGCCAUCCUCCUCUUCCCGCCUGAUCACUCCCUGUUCUCCUUCUGCUCCCGAAAGGAAAGGCCCGGAUCCGACUGCACUGGGUGGGGCAGAGCCUGGCCCUCCUCAGCGCAGCCCUGGGCCUGGGCUUCAUCAUCGCCAGCAGGACUCGCAGAUCUCAAGGGUGGCUCGCCUCAAGCUCUACCAUCUGACAUGUGGACUGGUGGUCUACCUGAUGGCUACUGUGACGGUGGUCCUAGGCAUGUACUCGGUGUGGUUCCAGGCCCAGAUCAAAGGCGAGGCCUGGUACCUGUGCCUGGCGCAGCCCCUCUAUCCAGCCCUGGUGAUCGUGCGCCAGAUCUCUAGCUCCUACUUGCCGAGGAAGAAAACGGAAAUAUGA